AUGGUGGUGAUACAUGUGAAGACAGCGGACGACCAAAACCAGUUUUUAUUUGAAAGUUCAACAAAAGAAAAAGUUAAAGAUGUCGUGUCCGCUAUUACUACGCUUCACCUAAUAAGACUGCAAGCCCUCAAGGUAGCUGAAGCAGCGGAGGCCUUGGCAACCUAUGGACCUCUCCGACCUGAGGAGACCAGAGGUCUCACAGAAGAAGUGGCCAAGCUGUCAAACCUAGAUGUUUGCCCUGAUGGAACCCCCACGAACCCAGAUCCACAUCUUUAUAGGACGGGUGUGCCUCCUGCUAAAGAAGUGGCAGACGUCAUUCUGCGGACCUGCAACGAAACAAAAGAGGCUCUUUCCCACAAAAAGGUAGAGCUUCGCGAGUGUUUGACUCUAGUAGCUGCAAAGGAAGCGCUGAAGGUCUUGGAAGGCGCAUUGCAAAUCGCAUACCCAGCAAACCACGGUCUUCCCACUUGGGAACCAGCAAGAUUGCUACUAGAGGGAAAGGAGACAACUGCCUGCCCAGGAAUUUCUGAGAGCAUUACCCUAGAAAAUGCGUGCUUGUGGUGGACGGGAAAGCAGCUGCAUCGGGAUGAAUGCCUUUCCAAGUACCUGGGGACAAAUGAAAAGACAAGGACUGUCAUGAGGCUACAGCCAAACAACGCAGGACCCCCAGUUCGGGAGCCGCGUAUGGACGCGGAGACUCACAAGGCAGUUCUUGCGUACUGCCACAAGAAGAGACAAGAAGACAAGGCGUUUGCGGAAGAUGAAGAUGACUCGUAUUUGUAUUCUCCCUGGGCGAACCCCCGUGGCCUGAAGGAUAGUCUCAGCGGGAUCAUGGGCCCAAUUAAGUGGAAAGUGUGA